CGCCGUGCGCUCUGGUCCUCCUCUGCGCGCUCUGGGUCUCGCCUCGGAGAAACUGCGGGCUGAACGCUGAAUCGCCAAAAGUUCGCCGAAUCGGCUUAGAAGUGUCGGACUCGGGGGUUACGGAGAGGUUCGGUGUUCGUUAUCUGGCGGCGACUUUUGGGCCAUCGUGUUACUGAGUUUUUCCGUUUUUAUAUUUGCCGUUGAACCAUGGAGCCUCUCAGGGCGCUCCUUGCGCUGCUGUGCCUCCUCCUGGCUGAGGCGCAAACGACGGUCCAGAGAAACAGGUUUGCGGAGUGUCCGGUGGAUCUUUACUUCGUGCUGGACACAUCCGAGAGUGUCGCCCUCAGACAGAAACCCCCCGACCAUUACAUUGGCCAGAUCAAAGAAUUCACCAAGCUCUUCAUAGAUCAACUCCAGGAAAUGCGCCACAAGUGUGACCGCAUCCUGACGUGGAACUCGGGAGCGCUGCACUACAGUGACGACGUGAUCAUCGUGCGACAGCUGGGCGACAUGAACACCGAUCGCCAGGCCCUGAAGGAUGAGAUCGACACCAUCAAUUACAUCGGCAAGGGCACAUACACUGACUGUGCCAUCAAGAGGGGCCUGGCUGAGCUGCUCGUUGGUGGUUCCCACUACCACGAAAACAAGUACAUCGUGGUGGUGACUGACGGCCAUCCUAUCACUGGCUACAAAGAGCCAUGUGGAGGGGUGCAGGAGGCCGCCAAUGAAGCCAAGCAACAUGGAGUCAAAGUGUUCGCUGUCGCCGUUUCCCCUGACCAGGAGGACACCAGGCUGUCAAUCAUCGCCACGAACCAGAACUACAGACAGAACUUCACGGCUGCAGACAACUCUAUGGCCAACAAGAUGGAAACCAUUCAAACCAUCAUUAAUAUGAUCACAAACGAUACAAAGGAUGUGUGUUGCUCUUUUGACUGCAAUGCUCAAGGAGGGCCCAAAGGACCAGACGGAGAUUUGGGUGCACGGGGAGAAACAGGUAGACCAGGAAUGCCAGGGGAGAAAGGAGAUGCUGGCGACAUGGGGAGUGUUGGAGAUCCUGGUCCCGUUGGUUACAGUGGAAUGAAGGGAGACCGCGGUUCCAGAGGAGAGAAGGGUGAAAGAGGACACAAGGGCUACAAGGGUGACAAAGGUCAGAGUGGAAAUGAUGGAACUGAUGGACGCAAGGGUGAAGCUGGUUUCCCUGGUCUUGCCGGCUGCAAAGGAUCUCCUGGAUCCGACGGUCUGCAGGGAGAUUCUGGACCGAAGGGAGACCCCGGUCCUUAUGGACAGAAAGGAGGAAAAGGAGAUCCUGGCAGAGACGGUGAAGCAGGAAGGCCUGGAAACUACGGACCUCUGGGACCUCAGGGUGAUCGGGGCCCUGGUGGGGCUAAUGGGGACAAAGGAGAGCGCGGUGACGACGGCGCGCCUGGACCAGAUGGAACUCGCGGCGAUAGAGGACAAGUUGGAGAGAAGGGGGAGCAAGGUUCCCGCGGAAACAGAGGGCCAAGAGGAGAAAUAGGGGAGCCAGGACCCCGUGGAGAGCAGGGGAGGGAGGGUUCAACUGGCCCCAACGGAGACCCCGGUGAGUCUGGCAAGUCUGGGGCUCCUGGCUACAGAGGAGAUGAAGGCCCCCCUGGACCAGAGGGACCCAAAGGACCGAGAGGAAUCAAAGGAGCUCCAGGAGACAGAGGCCAGAUGGGGGAGAGGGGAGAAGAUGGUGUCCCAGGAAACGGCACAGCAGGUUGUCCUGGUUUCCAGGGUUAUCCUGGGCCCCGUGGAGACGCUGGUGAGCCGGGUGGCAAAGGAACCCCUGGACCCAAAGGAGAUGACGGAGAUCCCGGAGAUACAGGCCCCGAUAACAACCAACCAGGACCUCCAGGACCCAAAGGGGCCAAAGGUCACAGAGGACCUGAGGGCAGACCGGGACCUUCUGGGCCUCCUGGACCACCAGGAACUGACGAAUGUGAGAUUCUGGAUAUCAUCAUGAAGCUCUGCUCCUGUUGUGAGUGUAAGUGUGCACCUCUGGACCUGGCGUUCAUUGUGGACAGCUCAGAGAGUAUCGGCUCCACAAACUUCGCUCUCGCCAAAGACUUCAUCAUCACGGUCAUUGACAGACUGGUCAAAGACCAGCAAGUCAAGUUUGCAGGUAAUGAGUCCAGGGUGAGUGUGGUCCAGUACAGUGGAUCUCGAGCUCAGGAGGUCGUCCAGCUGGGCAGCAACAUCGGGAGCCUCACUGAAUUUAAACAGAACGUGAGAGACAUGCGCUGGCUGGCCGAGGCAACGUACACAGGCGAGGCCCUUGACUUUGCUCUGAACAACACAAUCAAACUGAUGAGGCAAGAGAACCGAGUUGUCCUCGUUCUCACUGACGGCCGCUCUGACAUUUCAAGGGACAAGGUCCCUCUCAACGUACUCUGCGGCAAAAACAUCCGGGUCGGUGGUCUGGGAGUGAAGGACUACUCAAGUCGCCCGCCCAACCAGGAGCAGCUUGAAGAUGUGGUGUGUAAGAGUGACCCCAAACCAGGCUUUUCCUUUGUCCUGGACAACUUCGCUGAGCUCCUAGAUGAUACUUUCCUGCAGAACCUCACAUCCAGAAUCUGUCAAGAUAAGAGAUGCCCAGACUACAAAUGUCCCAUCACUUUCACUCAAGGUGCUGAUAUUUUGGUGAUGAUGGACAGUUCGGCCAGUGUGGGCCAGAAAAACUUCGACACAAGCAAGACCUUUGUCCGCCGCCUGGCCGAGCGCUUCCUGACCGCAAAGAGGAACGUGGGUGCUACUGUCAAAGUGGGUUUGGCCCAGUACAGCCGAAGUGCCCGCAUGGAGCAGGCGCUCACUACCAAUUUCACCCUGCUGUCUCAUCAAAUUGACGAGUCGGCCUUCCAAAAUGACGGCACCAAUGUGUUAGAGGCCAUGGAAUUCGGAGUUAGGAAUUUACGUGGCCGUGGGGACGCAUCUGGAAGCCUCAUCAAGAAGAUGGUGCUGUUCUCUGAUGGCAGGUCCCAGGCCGUCACCGAGCCCGUGCUGGAGAAGCGCGUUCGCGAGGUGGCAAACGCAGGGGUGGAGCUCUAUGUCAUUUCUGUCGGCAGCCAGGUCAACGAGGCUAACCUGCGCACGCUAGUGAGCAGGGGGCGACCGGACGACAUCAGCUACGCCCAGCGCCACCUCAUCCGUGUCCCAGAUUACCCCUCUCUGCUCCGCGGGGUCUUCGCCCAGACCGUCUCGCGCAGGGUGUCCAUGCCCUAAGUGCAAGGGCCCAAACAACAGGACCAACAUGCUUUAGAUUUUUAGUCCCAUUAUGAAUAUUCAGUUUCACUCAUUUACCAUACACUGUGUCCAAGUACUUUUUUUUUAAAUGUCACAAAACGACAAGUGAUUGUGUGGCAGACAAAUGUCUUCAUGAAAUGUCCAUGGGACAUUUUUACCCUGAGUUGAGCCUCCAGUGAAGACCAUCGCAGGCUGUGUACAAAUCAUAAGCCCGUAACCCAAGCGACGGUACCAUUUUUAGAGUUGUAGAGGCUGACUGUAAACAAUUGGAAGGAACUGCUGGGAGGCCAAGAUUGGGGUGAAAAUGUCCAAUCUCAAAAUCACUUCAGUCCUGGAGACACAUCCAAAAUGAUUUCUUUCUUUCACUAGCAUUUGGCUAAUUUCUACUCAGGUAUUCUUAAUCCCUGUAUCACUAUGAGCUUGAGGUAACUCAAAUAACUAGUGUGAGUUGAAAAUGGCUCCUGAUGCUAAACCCUUGUCUCUCCAGGACUGGAGCUCCUGCCAUUUGAGGGAUUGUGUUUAGGGGUCAUGUGGAGUCAUUUUGGUAGCUCUGACCACUCUGUCAAGUGGUGCCAGAUGUGUAGUGUCACACUUUUGUCAUAAAAAGAACACAAAUCUUCCAACCAGAGCUGUGAACUUAAAACUUAGAGAUACAAAUUCUUUGGUGAGUGACUGCUGUACAUAAAUGAUGGUUAACCAGGAAGGCUGGCUCGAGAUUGGCCAGGCAGCAUAAUUUUAAGUUCUGACGUCAUAACGCUUAUGGAAAAAUUAAUUGGGAAAGUUCUAACAUGUACAGGACUGGGUAAAAACAUACACCCAACAUCACUUGAAAGCUCAAUUAGGGAACCAAACUGACAGGGGAACUGGUAUGUGACAUCAGGCAGACUCUCAAACAAAACCCAUCAGCGCUUCAACACAACAGCUGGAUUCAACGUGUGGGAGUCUGUCCGAGCAUGUGUAUCCGUAUGUGUGUGUGUGUGUGUGAGCACCUCUAUGUACAUGACUCGCGUGCAUAUGUGUUAGGUGGUGAGGUGAUUUUUAAUACGUAGCUGAGGGCGAUUGUUCCACAAACAGUUGUGCAGGGGUCACUGGUUCAAAAGGCAGAAUGACAGAAAAACCUGUGCUUUAGUUUCUGUGGAGCAGAGAGGCCUCUAUCAAACACACACACACACACACACACACACACACACACACACACACACACACACACAAGCACUUUGUACUUCAUCAGUAAAUUAGGAAAACAUCUGUCAUGGUUGAAAACACACACUCCCCUUUUAGAUCCCCUCAGCAGUAAAAUGUGGACCUUAAAUUUUGUUGUCAUUAGCGUUGAUUUUGUUGUCAAAGUCGCUGUGCUGUUGUUAUUAUCUGUGGUGCUAUUAGUCUCAGUGUAUCAGCCUCUACCCACGAUGUUAAAGAAGAUAUUUUUUCCCUGAGGGUACACACCCGCAGCAGUGUUGUAAGAGCUCCUUCAAUAAAGGUUGCUACACCAAA